CGCAGGUGGAGGUGGAUGCGUUCGCAUCAUCGAUCGCAGAAGCUUGCCACAAUUCAAUUUUGAUCGCCACACAUGUCUGCGCCCCCGGGGGAGGCGGUCCUUGGUGAUGCCUUUUACCAUGACUACCGCAAGGUCCAGGUCGUCAACGUCUUUGGCUACGGCCUCCUCUUGAUCGCAUCGCUCUCGAUCAUCGUGCAUCUCCGACGGACGCGGUCCACGGCGUACCUCGGCGACAUGGAGGCUGCCAAGAAAGUUCUGCUUCCGGCUUUUGAGCCGCUCUUGUGGAUCCUCGCCGCCGUCGCGUUCGGCUACAGUAGCUUCUACCUUGGUGCGGCGGUCGCCAGCUACUCGGGCCCGCUCUCGUCGCCCGUGUACGCCGAAGCACUCUAUAUGCCGCGUCAGUUCAACAGCUACCUCGUCGUCGCCUACCUCAGCCAGCCGAGCUUGUCGCUGCCGUCAAUGCAUCGUGCGCUCGCGAUUGCAGUCGUCUUGGCGGCCGGCGCGCCGCUCAUUGCGCUCGUCGCGGUCGCGCUGGAGACCGACUCGCACGUCCGGUACAUCCUCCUCACGAUCUACCGGUCGUUCAUGGUCCUCGGCUUUCUCUACCGCUUUGUCUACCCGGGCUCGCGCGCCAAUCGCCGCGCGUGGCGCAUCUUCCUUAGCUUCGUGCUCGUCUACUACGCGAGCUUCUUCUCGCAGACGUACAUGUUUUACAAAGACUUCUCGACCGAAGGCACGUUCUUCCUCUUCACGACGUCGUUCUGGUACGUCUUGGCGCCGUUCGCCAUCUGGCAGCUCCUCAAGGCCGACACGGAGCACUGGCGCGGCGUCGGGCGCCAAGCCAUUCUGCAGCACCCGACAACGAAAGUCCACGAAGUCGUGUCGGCCCAAGGUCUGCAUGUCUUGCUCGAAGUGCACCAGCGCGACGUGAUUGAUUUCGCGCACCUCAAGAUCGACGACAAGAUCGGCGUGGGCGCGACCUCGGACGUCUACAAGGGCCUGCUUCGGUCCUCAACGCGCGUCGCGGUCAAGGUGUACACGCCCAACGAGAUUUCCGAAGCGACGAUCGCCGAGUUUUCCCAAGAAACCGCGCUCUGCGCGGCGCUCAAGCACCCGAACAUCGUCGCGUUCUACGGCAUGUGCGUUGCGCCGCCCGCGAUUUGCCUCGUGUCCGAGCUCUGCGAGUGCUCGCUCGACGCGCUUCUGACGCAGCCCCGGCCCGCGUACACGGACCCGCUGCUCGCCCAAGUGACGCUCAUGCUGGACGCGGCCCGGGCCGUCGCGUACCUCCAUAGCUUUUCGCCGCCGUUCUUGCACCGCGAUCUCAAACCGGCCAACUUUCUACUAGACACAAAUCAUGUGCUCAAGCUCACGGACUUUGGCGAGUCGCGCAGUCUCUCGACGCGCGCGAUGACCAUCAAGGGCACGAUCGAGUACAUGGCGCCGGAAGUCAUCGAAGGCAAGCAAGGCGUCGCGACGUACACGCAUGUGGCCGACGUCUACUCGCUCGCGAUCACGCUCUGGGACAUUUUGCACCCGGGCCGCGAAAAGUACCCGGUCGGCCGCCAGAACCCGCUCAAGAUCUUUGAGAUGGUGCUCGAUGGGCAGCGCCCGCCGCUCGACCACGAGCUGCACCCGCUCUUGCGGGAUGUGCUCGAGAGUGCUUGGUGUUCGCAGCCCGAGUACCGCCCGUCGGCCGUCGCGAUCGUCCAAGCCCUCGAACAAGUCCAGGAAGAGCUCUGCGGCAUCGUUGCGCAGAACCUCCUCCGCGUCAUCAAGUGCCUCGGGCCGCGCUUGGCGGCCACGGGCGCCGAGCUCACGCACUGCUUGAUCCAAAACGAGUAUGCGUUCACGGUGGCCGAAGCGACGCGGCUUGGGAACGCGCUCAUGGACGCGGGUCUCUUGCACCACGAGACGCACGAGCGCGCGUUUGAGGACUCGGCGACGACCACGUACUUCUUCCACGAGCAAGCGAUCGAGCUCAGCCAGCCAUGCGUGCUCCUCUCCAAGGACAAGUCGAACGACGGCGGGGAUAGCAACUACAACGCCGACCUCCUCGAAGCCGGGUGUCGCUGCCGCCAGCACGCGCAAGGGCACGUGCCGCAGACAAAAACAAAGUGGUAUCAACGCCCGCGGAAGGACGUGCGCACAAAAGUAAACGCGCUCACCGUACACUUGCUCAACGACCUCGCCGAAGACGACGCGCUGCACAAGGUCUCCGACACAACGUCGCUCUCGGGGUAGUUCAUGUAGUGUC